AUCUACUCCCAGCCUAUCACUUUCACAAUUAAUAAAUCCCACCAUCAUAUAACCACUAUAUCUAGUUCAUACAAGAGAAACCCUACAAAGAAGAAGGGAUAGAAAAAUGGUCUCCUCGAACCAAAAGACACAACCUCAGAAACCACGCGUGAUGGUGGAUUUGCACCGCCAACCACAUCCACAGCAAUACCAGCCACAACAAACCAGAAUUCCCCCUCGAGGAGGAGGAAGAGGAAGUGGUGGUGGGAGAGCACCGGUGCACGAUAUCCGCCAAACGACAGAAUAUAAAGCUGCUGCGAGACGAUGGUUAUCCGUCAUGGUGGCAUUGCCGAUCUUGAUGUAUACGUCGUGGAGUUUGUAUGAGCGGACGUAUGGAGAGAAGAGUCCGAAGAGGGUUAUUCCCCAUUCUUCUGCUUCUGCUUCUGCUUCUAGUGCUGAUUCUAGUGCUGCUGGUGCUGAUGGAAAGAAGUCCGAGUAAGAGAUGCAUUUGGAAUGGCUGGGAUGAGAUGGAGUUGUAUUGUAUUCUAUGUACUGUAUUCUACGUCACUUUAGUUCUUCGUGUGGAGUAUAGCAUGCUUAUUGGUGACAUUACUCCAUUCCGAAUGAUUAUGCAUUGUGGGCUGGGUGGGAGGGGUGGUAUGUGGAACUCUUUAAUAUCUAGCAGUUAUAGGGGAGAGAUGGAUGAGGGUUCUAUUUGAU